CUUACUUAGUGCGCUGACGUCGAUGAUGCUCGCCACGAGCUUGGUUACGUCAUGCCUGGAAGCUGCAUUCGACUUCGUGCGGCAGAUCUGGCAAGUGGUGCCGUGGAGCGUCCUCUUGUUCAUCGGGGCCACCCAAGUCUCGUCGAAGCUACUGCAGGUCUACGAUAUCCCACACGAGGUCUUCAAGCUGCUGUCCACUUCCUUCUGGGAGGAGUGCACAGCGCUCGAGACGCAAGUGAUGCUGGCCAUCGCCAGCUCGGUGAUGGCCGAAACCGCGGGCCAGCGGGUGCUCGUCCAAGUCAUGGCGCCAGUCGUGGUGUACAUCGCAGAGGUACAGCGCGUCCACCCGACGUAUUACGCGAUUCCGGUGAUCGUGGGCGCCUCGUCCAACGUCAUCAUGCCGGCGUCGGCCCCGCUCGCCCUGCUGCACGAAUUGGCGCGGGUGUCCUUCUGGAGGCUGCUUCUCUUUGGCUUGCUCGCGAAGACCAUCGUCCUGAGCAUGGUCAUCGUGAUGGUCAACGUGGCGGACAAGUACGGCAUUCUCAGUGCCCAGACGGCUCCGGAAUGA